CAUCAACACAAUUGGGAACAUGUUCGAGAACAAAAGGAUCAUGAACCCGAUCCAUGACAGCUGUUGACCUUAUGCCAUCUUAGUGCAAGAUGUCUUCGUCCCAAACAGUUGGUCUGCCAUCCUCGAAAAUGUUAAUCGUUUGGAUGACGCUUCUUGGAUGCUUUACUGUGAAAGGUUCUGAGCUCGAAGCCGCUGGUAGAAGCGCUUCUCCGCUCAUCUUCUAUGCUAACCGAGACAGCAUCAGGUACAUAAGCACCAGGAACGUUUCAGUUCAAGGAGUUCUGCUAUCGGGUCUGCAGGAGGUCAGAUCUUUGGCCUUACAUGUAAGACAUGGUUGGAUUUUCUGGAGUGAAUAUGGCAGCACCACAACAAUUAACAGAAUGCAUCUCUCUACCAGUGCCACCAAAGAAAUCAUAUUAAAUGGUUUAGGCGAGGUGCAUGACAUUGCAGUAGAGUGGGAGUCUUCACUUAUCUACUGGACAGAUUAUUUGCACGAAACAAUUGAAGUUGCUCGCAUUGAUGGGUCUCACAGAAAGACUCUCUUUUGGGAAAAUGUGGCAAAUCCACGGGCAAUUGUAGUGGAUUCUCGGAAUGGUUACAUGUACUGGUCUGAAACUGGAUGGGACUUUCCCAGGAUUGAACGAGCUACCCUUGCUGGAACGGAGAGAAGGAUCAUUAUGGAUGAGCAUCCAGCACUUAUACCAAAACUUUUGAUAAAUGGUUUGGUCAUAGACUUUUCUUCUGAUCUUUUGUAUUGGGUUGAUGCACAAACUGAUAUCAUAGAGCGAAUGAAGUUGGAUGAAGAACGUAAAGCGGAAACUGUACACACGACCACAAGUCAUAAUUUGUACUCCUUUGGUCUGACGUGGUACGAGGAUAUUCUGUACGCAAGCGAGUUAAGAAGCCGAAGUAUCGAGAGAGUUAAUGUCACUGCAGGAGAGCACUUAAGAAACAUGGGGUGGUUGACCGAAAAGAUGACCUAUCGUAUCGCUCUAAAUAGUUCUUCAAGGGAACCGUCAGGCAUGACUGACUGCAAGAACAAUUCAGCAUGCAGUCACCUUUGUUUGUUGACCCCAACUGGCUCCCAAUGCGCGUGCCCCAAUGGUUUCAAACUGCUACCCGAUAAUGUUACUUGUAAUGCUACUGGAGAGUCCCCAAAACCCCCUGUAGCAGGUUAG